AGCAGCCGGCGUUGUGAACGUGCAAGACGCUAAAGCAACACCAUCCAUUCCGUUGUUUGGUUGUCCCUUCAGGGAAUUAUCUUUUUUAGGGGGACACGAACUGUAAUAGAAAACGAAUAAGAUAGAGAAUCACGUGUUGCAACCGGUCGUGCGGAGACGCCGUCAUCCUCCGCUCUGCCCUUUUUGUUUUGUUUUGUUGUUUUGCGAUUCCUAACACUUUUCCUUUUCUCUUGGUGGUGGUGUUGUUGCUGCUGCUCUUCUCUUUUGGGGUUUUUGUAUUCACCUUCAUCCUCCACUGCCCCACCACACCAUUGUGUUGAGGCAUAGAUAUAUAUAUAUCCAAGGCUCCGUCGCCUGGGCCUUUCUCGCUUUUCUCAUUUUGUUGUUGUUUCUGUCGUUGGGUUCCACUCAUCACAUCUCCGUUGUCGAUCCACAUCAAAAAGGAAGAUUUUACUGCUGCUUUAUAUAUAUAUGUAUAUGUUUCCAUAUUCCAUCAACGCUUCUUUUACCUCUAAACCAGCAGGAACGAAAAAAAGCCACGUGCCGGAGAACGAACUCAUGACGUCAAAGCCGUUCAGAGAGAGGGAGGUGGAGGUGGGGAAUUACUUCGCCCUCACCUACACGGAGCUCUUCAAGGCCCAUGUGCUCGAUGUGCACCUACCAAACAUGCUGAUCGGCAUUAGCGCCAGCGUGGAGGUGCCGCUGGUGACCAUUCUCGGCCGCCGCAUUCACGCGAGCUACGCGGAGAUCGCGGACUACAUCACCGUCUCGGCGCUCAGUCGCACACUGCUCGACAUCCCCAUUGGCAUCAUCGUGGAGUACGUCGGGGUGCGCAACGUGAUGUUUUGCUGUCUGCUGCUGAACAUUACCGCCUCGAUCAUCGGCUUGCACGUCGUGAACGGCGCGACGCUGUUCCUCUUCUGUAUGCUGAGCGGCCUCAGUCUCGGUGGGUUUUUUCUGGCGCGUCACAUCUUUGUUGCCGGGAUCUCGUCCAAGAAGUAUCGCGGGCUGCUCAUGUCGACGCUGUCUGGGCUGCUUCGGUGGUCGCACGUUGUUGGCCCCGUUGCCUCCGGGUUCUUUGCGACCUACUGGGGAGACGCGCGGUACUCGUUCCUCUUGUCCGCGCUGACGAGUGGGAUUGGCUUCACCACGCUCGCCAUCGCCACCUACUCCGCGUCGUACCAACACCUCUGCGAGCGCUCCUGUGCGACGAGUGUCGAGACGUCCGCGAUGCCGACGCCGCUGCCGUCAGAUGAGGAGGCGGAGCUGCACCACAGCGGCAGUUACGCCUUCGUUCCGCUUGUGCCGGUCGCAUUGGCAGAGAACGACGCAUACGUGUCGACCCCGCUGUUGCCUCCCCCGAUCCAGCCGAUACGAACGGCCGGGGCUGCCGGAUACGCCAGCAAGGAAAGCACUGCGGGCUUCAACGGUAGUAGUAUUGUUAAUAGUAACGCGAAUAUCGGCGUCGCGACGGUGGGGCCGGGCGAUCACCCCGUUAUUGUAGGCGCCGAGACAAGCGUGACGAUCCCCCCGCUCCCGGUCCACCACUUCAACCGCCCCCCGUAUCUCCACCUGCACAACAGCAGCAGCUCCGCGCUCAACACCAGCGCUGCCGGCACGGCGUUCGACUUCAGCAACAGCAUCACGAGUGUGGCGACGGUGGCCACGCUGCAUCCCGACAUGGGCGCCAGCCGUAUUCAUCACUUCGGCGUGCUGACGCUGUGGAGCACGUUUGUGGAUUACUGGUCCGUCAUUUGGCGCCUCGGCCUCUACGUAGUCUUUGCCACCGCGAUGCGGGCGAACCGCAAGCUGCUCAUCUCCUUCGCCGGCAUGCGGGCGUCGAUGACGGACGCGCAGGUGUCGUACCUGAUGGGCUUCAGCUUCGUCUUCGAUGCGGUUCUCUUCCCUCUCGGUGGGUUGGUGAUGGACCUGCUGGGCCGUCAGUUUGCCAUGGUGCCUGUCGCCGUCGGCCUCGGCGUCGUCUUCUUCUUCCUCCCGUUUGCGACCACCGAGGUGCACUUGUACCUCGCCGCCUCCGCCUUCGGCAUCGUCGACGCGCUGGGCUGCGGCCUGCUCAUGACGCUGACGGCCGACCGGGCCCCACCGCGCUACGGCGCCCCGUUCUUUGGCAUCAUGCGCACGCUGCAGGACUUAGGCCACGUCGUGGGCGCCCGCGGCGUGUCCACGUUGAUGCGGUACGCCGGCUUUAACGCGUGUUGCUGGACGCUCACCGCCACCGGCUUCUUCACCGCGGCGUGGGGAGUGUACGGCGUUCCACGCGACAACGAUGUGCCGGCGGGGACGCCGCGGCUGGAGCGGGCGGUGUUGGCGCAGGAGCAGCAGGACCGGCGCAAGCGCUCCUCCCUGUCGCAGAGCAGCGAGGAGACGAUGCGGCUGACGGAGCCGGUCACGGCGGGUUCGAGACAAGCGAGUAAACUGACGAGCCCACCAACGAAGGGGGCGGCGGCUUCGUACGGUACGACGGUGCCGUCUCAGCCGCGCGUGUAA